CGCCGCCUGUGAUUCUUUCCUCUUUCUCCCUCCCUGGGAUGACUGUGAGUGCUGCUCCGAACCUCCGGCUGGUCUGAGAACGCCCUGCCUGCUCCCGGGACACGGACUGCAGUAACCUGACAGGGGACAGCAUGGAAGCCCCUCUCGUGUGCUUGGACGAGGAGUUCGAGGACCUCCGGCCGUGUCGGAUGGACGAGCUGGACCACCUGGACCACCCGGCGCUCGGACACUCGUCCUACUCCGCCAACGCCGCCGCCGUCCCGCUGGCGUCCAUCACCCGCGAGGACUUCUCCGAGCUGGAGAACUUCUCCGAGAUGAUGAGCUUCAAGUCCAUGGAGGACCUGGUCAACGAGUUCGACGAGAAGCUCAACGUCUGCUUCCACAACUACAACACCAAGACGGAGGGCCUGGCGCCCAUCCGCAGCCAGUCGCACAACCAGGAGGACGAGGAGCGGCUGCAGGACGAAGACGUUUGGGACGCUCUGACUGACAACUACAUCUCCACCUGGGACGGGCCGGACUCCGAGGGACUCAACGGGAACCUGUCGGACCAGGAGAUCCAUGAAAAAGAGGAGGAGGAGAUGAACGAGAAGAACGACAACGCCAACUGUCUGAAUGAUGAACCGCUCAUCACAGCAGAUCAGGUCAUUGAGGAGAUCGUGGAGAUGAUGGAGAACUCGCCGGAUCCCGGGGAAACGGAGGAGGAGGACGAGGAGGAGAGCAGCCACUGCUCCUCCAGGACCAACCCGUCCCUGCUGGAGGAGAUCCGCCAGCUGUCACAGGCCUCCAACAACAACUGCUCCUACGAAGGCCUGAGCCUGAUGCCCAGCUCCGCCCUGGUGGAGCUGCUGCACCGGGUGGAGGCGGCCAUCCGGGAGUUCUCGGAGGAGCUGGUCAGCCAGCUGGCCCGCCGCGACGAGCUGGAGUUCGAGAAGGAGGUGAAGAACACCUUCAUCACGGCGCUGAUGGAGGUGCAGAACAGGCAGAAGGAGCAGCGGGACGGCAGCAAGCGCCGGCGCCGGGACAAGGCCCUGAGCCUGCAGGGGGGCGGGACCACGCCCACCAACGGGGGGAACGCCGGCUCCACGGGACGCACGGAGAAGACCGGCACCAUGCCCGUCAAGCGUUUCAGCAUGGAGGGUCUCUCCAACAUCCUGCAGACGGGCAUCAGACAGACGUUUGGAAGCACAGGGAAUGACAAACAGUACCUAAACACGGUUAUCCCGUACGAGAAGAAAGGCAGCCCUCCGUCCAUCGAUGACCUGCAGAUGCUCACAAACAUUCUCUAUGCCAUGAAGGAGGACAGUGAGAAGGUCCCCACACUGCUGACCGACUACAUAUUAAAAGUCUUGUGUCCCACCUAAAGCUCCCCAGGCUGGGGGGCCACGGAGAGACCGAGGGUCCUUAUUGGACUCCCAGGGAGGAUUUCUCCAUCUGUCCUCGCCUCUGGCCCCGAGCUGCAUGACCCCCCCCCCCCCCCCCCCCCCCCCCCCCCCCCCCCUUCUUUUACCAUCGACCUACCAUGGAUCCUCACCAUCGACAUUAUUGUAUUCACUUCAACAUCUACUGCCUUUCGCUGAGCUCACGAACCCCCCCGCCCCCCCUUCAGACCCCCGAUCGGCCGCCAUGGGGCAGACUUCACUAACGGAGCACCGCACGCUGUUAACACUCGACCCUUCGGUCGGAGGAAGCUGACAGAGUUUCAGCGUCUCCCUCUUCAUAAACGCCACGAACACGGUUCAGUCCGCCGCCGCCGCCGCCACAAACGACCGCCUCCCCGCUCGGUUCCUCCCCCGAUGAGAGACGUGAGUCAUCCGAAUACAAAAGCCAUGCACCUCUCUCUGCCAACCUAGUACUGUAGCUCCAUGCGAACGAGGAGAACCACACUCAGAACUAAUACGGGUGCAGUCCAGCUUCCUCUCUCUGUUCUUCUCACCGUCUCAAGAUCCAGUGCUCUUCUCACUUCUUUUCUAAUUAUUUUUAUUUCUACCUGAAUCUUUGAUAUGAACUGUGUUGCUGAUUUUCUACUUUGAUUUACUGAUCGGUGGCAGCGCCCCGUCCGGCCACGUGGAGGCGCUCUCACUCCCUCUCCAUCCCCCUGUUCAGAUGAGCUCAUGAACGAAAAUAAAGGCCUGUAUGUGCAUAUUAGCAUAUUUAUGACUUCCUUUGCGCCAUGUAGGUGAAUGUUACAUCGCUGAUUGCAAAUUCUAAUAAACAUUCAACCCA